AUGGGUAAGAAAAACAUACCUGACACAGUACUAAAAAUAAAUGCAUUAUGCAUGCCACAAGAGCAAUACCCUGAACCAGAAUGGACGAGAGUGCACACUGACGGCUCAAAAAUACAAGACAGCACGGGAGCAGGAGUACACAGUAAGCUCUUUUCUCACAGCGCCCCUGUGGGAUACUAUAUGUCAAAUUUUGAUGCAGAGAUCUUCGCUAUAUCGAUAGCUCUGGACAACCUUAAGAAUAAGAUCAAUUACUUCACUAAAGCAGUAAUCCUUGUCGACUCUAAGGCAGCUAUCCAGGCAGUUGCCAUAAACCAUGAUUCAGAUACUCAGACUGUUUCAGAAAUUAGAGAUAAUUUGAUUUUUCUCGAGAAUGCCAACAAAAUUAUUAUGUUCCAGUGGAUCCCUUCGCAUUUGGGAAUCAAUGGCAAUAAAAAGGCAGACCAAGUAGCCAAGAAAGGGACACUCGAACCACAAUGUAAUAAACCGAUUCCACCAGGCUCCCUCAAAAAAUAA